CAAUGAGUCAUGGCACCUACUGGUGGACUGGAUGACGGAGGUCGAACAGACACUGGAUACACACAAAGAGAUUGCAGUGUCACAGGAAGAGAUCAAACAGCAGCUCACUGAACAAAAGGAGUUCCAGAAACUGCUCCGCUCAAAGCGCCGAUGUACGAGGCCUGUCUGAAGAGUGGCCGCCGCUGCAGGAGAAAGCUCAGAGUUCUCAAGACAUGCAGCACCUGGAGAACAUGGUGUCUGAGCUCAGAGACUCAUGGGACACCAUCAGCGGCAAAUCCAGCGAGAGGCAACACAAGCUGGAAGAGGCUCUGCUGUUUUCAGGCAGAUUCACUGACGCUCUGCAGGCUCUUAAUGAUUGGCUGUACAGAGCCGAGCCACAGCUGGCUGAAGAUGUGCCUGUCUGCGGUGAAAAAGACCUGAUCAACAAUCUGAUUGACAAGCACAAGGUGUUCCAGCGGGAGCUCGGGAAGCGUGCCAGCUGUAUCCGCACGCUGAAGCGCUCGGUCAGGGAUCUGACUCGGAGCAGCACGGCCGAUGCUCACUGGCUGCAGGAGCAGAUGGAGGAGCUGGAGGGCCGCUGGGAGUCCGUGUGCAAGCUCUCGGUGUCCAGACAGACUCGACUAGAGGCCGCGCUGCAACAGGCAGAAGAGUUUGAUGGAAUGGUUCACUCGUUUCUGGAUCAUCUUUCUGAUGUUGAGAGGGUCCUAAAGUAUGGAGUGCUGCCUGAGGAAGAGCAGGCUCUUCUGGCAUUUCGUAGCUGUCAUCAGGAGUCGAUGAGUUUUUUAAACGCUCAGCAGACAGCACUUGAGAACAUUCGCAAACUGGGUGAGGAGAUUCUGUCGUCCUGCCAUCCAGACUCGGUCAUCACCAUCAAAUCAUGGAUCAGCAUCACAAAGACUCGCUAUGAAGAGGUCCAGACGUGGGCGAAGCAGCAGGCCGAGAGGAUCCAGAGCACACUGUCUGCUCUCGAGGCAGAGAGAGAGGAGAUACAGAGAUUACUGGACUGGAUCUCGUCUGCUGAAGAGUCUCUCAAUCUGAAGGAGCAGGAGCCGCUGCCUGAAGACCUAGAGCUCACUGCAGAGCUCAUCACUCAGCACACGGAUUUCAUGAAUGAGAUCAAAGGGAAGGUACCUGAAAUAGAAAACACUACAAAAUCCUGUAAACACAAGCUGGUUCCCAAGCAGCAGGUUUCCCCGAGUCGCAAAGCACCAGCAAGGAGGAGAGGCACAGCAAAGCCCCCGCCGUCAGUGCCUCUUCCGCUGGAGAAGCUGGACCCUCAGACGCCCAUGAUGAUUCAGCUGGUGAGUCAAUGGAGGAAACUCUGGCUCCUGGCUCAUGGCAGACAGAGCAGACUAGAGGAGCAUCUGCAGAAGCUGAAAGAGCUGGAGGAGUUUGCAAAUUUUGACUUCAACAUCUGGCGAAAAAGAUACAUGCAGUGGAUAAGUCACCUCAAAUCCCGGAUACUGGAUGUUUUCCGUAGCAUUGAUCGAGACCAGGAUGGACGAAUCACUCACAAGGAGUUCAUCGACAGCGUUCUGGCCUCUAAAUUUCCCACCAACUCCCUGGAAAUGACAGCGGUUGCUAACAUAUUUGAUGUUAACGGUGAUGGAUUCAUUGACUACUAUGAGUUUGUGAGUGCCCUCCAUCCAAGCCGAGACCCUUACAGAAAGACGAUAGAUGUAGACCAAAUCAAUGAGGAGGUGAGUCGUCAAGUCUCUCAGUGCAACUGCCCAAAGAGAUUUCAAGUAGAGCAAAUAAGCGCAAAUCGCUACAGGUUUGGAGACUCUCAGCAGUUAUGGAUGGUUCAG